AUGAAUCACGGUCCAUCACGGGCUACAUCACGGUCUACAUUACGGUUGAUUAAAAAACGUGAUACAAAUUUACUCAAACAAGAAAAUGCUAAGCUAGUGACCGAGAAUGCUGAGCUUAAGCACGAAAAUCCAAAACUAAAACAGAUUAUAGAAGAAAAUGCUGAGUUUAAAGCCAAAAUUGUUAAGCUAGAACGAGCUGUUGAUAAAAUCGAAAAGCGGGACCAAAGUAUUAGUAUAGCUAGCAAGGUUAAUGAUUCUCCAACCAGUUCAUCAUUAUCAGUAACAUCUCAAUUAUCUACACCACCUAUCAAGGAUCACUCUGAUAAGGAAUAUAGUGUCAGAGCCAGAUAA